ACUAUAAAUAUUUUUCCAUGUUUAGAACACUUCCAAACCCAAUCAAGUUAUAACCCAUUUCCCUAUCCAACUCUUUCUCCUUCUUUAUUCAAUAGACUAAAAAUGGCUGCUCAAGCAACCAAAGCCAUCUUCCUCGUUCUUCUCUCCAUUGCUGUUUUCGGCUCCCAAGCAGCUCUCGAUGCUCACUACUAUGAUCAAACAUGUCCACAGGCCGACUUCAUAGUAGCACAGACAAUUCGUAAUGCUUCGAUAUUUGAUCCUAAAGUACCUGCUCGUAUUCUUCGUAUGUUCUUCCAUGAUUGUUUCAUAAGGGGAUGUGAUGCUUCAAUUUUACUCGACUCAACGCCCGAGAACACAGCAGAGAAGGAUGGACCUCCUAACGUCUCAGUCAGAGCAUUCUAUGUCAUCGAUGAUGCAAAAGCUAAGCUCGAGAGAGCAUGUCCGCACACAGUUUCAUGUGCCGAUAUAAUUGCCAUGGCUGCCAGAGAUGUUGUCACUAUAACCGGAGGACCAUCCUGGAACGUUCUCAAGGGAAGGAAAGACGGAAGGAUAUCAAAAGCAAGUGACACCGUAAAUCUUCCAGCUCCAGUGUUCAAUGCAACUCAACUAAUCCAGAGCUUCGCGAGCAGAGGAUUAGAAGUUAAGGAUGUAGUUGCGCUAUCUGGUGGCCACACUCUAGGCUUCUCGCAUUGUUCUUCCUUAGUAGCUCGUCUUCACAAUUUCAGCAACUUACACGAUACUGAUCCUAACAUGAACUCUGAAUUUGCAAACUUGUUAAAGAAGAAAUGUCCUUCACCAAACAGUAAUGGAGCUGCAGGACAAUUCUUAGAUUCAACUUCAGCACAAUUUGAUAAUGACUACUACAAACAAAUCAUAGCAGGAAAGGGUGUGUUCGGAUCAGAUCAAGCUUUGUAUAAUGAUCAAAGAACUCGACCAAUAAUCAAGUCAUUUGCCAAAGAUCAAAACUUGUUCUUUAGUGCGUUUGCAGCUUCAAUGAUAAAGCUAGGAAAUGUCGGAGUAAGUGAAGCAGGAGAAGUACGAUUGAACUGCAGAAGAGUGAACUAAGUUUUGGAACCUAAAUCACAUACAUGUAGGAACAUACAUGGAUGAGAUUAGACCAAUUCUGAAAGGCAAUUGGAGACAUGAAUAAGGCACUACCAGAUUCAUCAUGUUCUUGAGAGAACUAAUAAUGUUCGAGUGUGAGAAAAUUAUUUAUCACUAAUUAAUUUUCGCAGAUUCUUGAGAUGUAAUGAUAAAUAUUUUCAUGCGUGUAUAAUACUAAAAUGGAGUACAUACUCUUUUCUUAUAUGGUUUGUCGUCUCGGCCUGUAAAAUGAUUUGGCAUAUUAUAUGAUUUGUCGUAUCCAACUCAACCUGUUAAAUAAUUAGUUAAAUUGAUUUUAUGUUGGAUUGAAUUCUGUUUGGUCAAUUUUGGGUCAAGUUGUUUCACAUCACCAUAGAUUCCCA